AAGGCACAAAGGCUAUUUAAACGCCGAGGAAUUCGGCGACUGCGCCCUAUCCAAGUCUGAGAAUAGCCGUCUCUGGUAUCAGACUGAUUCGAGAUGGGACCUGAGGAGGAAGCUGCUCCGAUCGUGUCGGUGGAGUUCGAGGUCUUCGGCCACGUCCAAGGAGUAUACUUCACAAAAUACUGCAGAGAUAUGGCUCUCUACCUUGAACUUGGCGGUUGGGUUAAGAAUAGCAGACGAGGAACUAUUGUGGGGAAGAUACAAGGAACCAAACCUAAAGUGGAAGAGAUGGUUGCAUGGCUUUCCAGAACUGGAAGUCCUGGCUGUAAAAUAGAAAGGUGUGAACUACGGGAUUUUGAAUACUUGGCAAGACAAGACUUUAGAGGAUUCAGCAUUAGGUUUUAACGUUUUAUACUGUACACAUGUUUACACAAAUAUAUAUUUUUAAAAACGAACUUUUUGUAAUAAGUAAAUAAAAAAAAAAUUUCAUAAAUCAAUCUAAGCUAUUUAAGCCUAUCCCUAACUGUGGAUUAUACCAACCUUUUUUUCCAAUUUGUUAACUCUUUUGAGUUGUUAAUCAGAAAAUAGAGAGGACUAUUCAAAAUAUUUGUAACUUCAUAAGAAGAAAGAAAGGAGAAAAAAUAUUGCAAGGAUACAUUGAGGAGAUCAUUAGUUAAAGAUUGAAAUGUGAUGUAUUUCUCAAGUAUCAUUUUAUUUUAGUAUGUUCAUGUUGUUAUGUUUGAUGUCAUUUGAAAUAAAUCUUUUAUUUUGGUUACCGCACUCUCAGUUUCUGUUUCAUGUGUCUAGAUAGACAUUAGCAUAGAUUUACAAAUAAAUCACUUGUUUCGUAAGCUAAAUAAGAACGAGUAGUCAGAAGAUUACAUUGAAAGUAUCGGCUUAGCUCUUUAAUUUCAUCAUAACAUAAUAGACAGAUUUAGUCAAAUAUUUUAGCUCAGAUAUUACUCAGUCCCAGUCCCCUACUAUAUAUUGUGUUUAUGGAUGAGAUUCUGAAGAUCUGCCAAAGCUCUCGUUUACGCAGAUGAUAUUGUCCUCAUAACAAACUCAGCCGGAAAAUUAUAGCAAGCGAUUGUGGAAUGGGAAGCUGAGCUUGAGAGAAAAGGUAUGAUCACGAAUGAAGAAAAAAGUAAGAUUAUGCAGAUAGGUCGAGAAAUCGAAGACAUACAAAUAAAUUGUAGGGGUAAGAAUUUGGAGUUGAUAGAGGAAUAUACAAACAUAGAGAUAGUUGUUGGUAGAAAUGGAAAAAUAGACCAAGAAAUACCAAACAGGAUCAAAAAAGCAAAUGAUAUCUAUUACCAGAUCUGCAACACGGUCUUAGGAAAACACUGCCGAAAUGAAAAUAUCUGAGAAGAGUAGCUGGCCAAACUAGAAGAGAUUGCAUCCGAAAUGAAUGGAUUAGAGAAAAUGUUAAGGUGCCACCAAUGCUGGAAACUGUGGAAAAGAAAAUGCUCAAAUGGUUCGGCCACGUUAUGAGGAUGGACUAGGACAGCGAACCCAGAACAUUUCUUGAAGUAAGACCCACAGAAAAGAGGCCAAGAGGACGUCCACGGAAAACAUAGAUUGACGAAAUAACCAAGCUCGGACAGAGAAGAGGCAAGCAGUUGGAUAAUACGAGGGACCUGACGAGAGACCAUGAUAACUGGCGUAAAUGGGUUGAUGCUCCUCCACGCUGAAACGCACUGAGGAAGACAAAGAAGAAAUUACUACUUAUAUUAAAAAAAUUAAUGUGAUUUGAUUUGGUAAUCAAAUUGAUAUAAAAAAUUAAACUGAAUCACUCGCUUAAAUUCAAGACUAGAUCUCCGUUGUAUACAAGAACAAUAGGAUGUUGUGAUUUAAGACAAUUAAAAAAGAUUUAGAAGAAACUUUAUUCAAUGAUAUGUUAAUAAAUAAUAUACAGUAUAAGAUUAAAUAAAAAUAGAUAUUUUUAAAAAUUUAGAAAGUACCAAAAUAAUUGUUUGAUAACUACUUUAUUAAAUUUUAACAAAAAAUCAAACUUUCAAUAAAUUGAUGAUUAGUAACAACUUUGAUAAAUAUGUUUUAAAAUCAAAUAAUCUGUAGAUAAAUAAACUCAUAUUUAAAUUUUGCUGAAUAAAAU